AAGUGCUGUUAUGGUCGUGUUAUACCCAAACGGUCUUGGUGUAUUGGUGUACUCACUUGUGGCUGGCAUAGAUACAACCCACUCACCCAUGGUUGCUGCUCUGGUAGAAGAUAUUACAAAACGAGCCAAAAGUGCUGUCAUGGUCUCGUCAUUCCAAGAGCUUCAACUUGUGUGCGACCACUAAAAUGUGGAAAAUAUAACUACUAUCCUUUCACCAAUGGUUGUUGUGCAGGCAAAAAAACGUUCUAUAGAAAGACCCAAAAGUGCUGUCAUGGCCGAAUCAUCGCCAAAAAAUCCUUCUGCGUGCGAUCACUGAGAUGUGGGCGAUAUAGCUACAACCCAUUAACUUAUGGAUGCUGUUUUGGUAAAAGCAUAUACUUGAGAAAGAGUCAAAAGUGCUGUCAUGGUCGCAUCAUCCCUAAGACCGCCUACUGCGUUCGCUUGGUGAGCUGCGGCACAUCAUGGUACAAUCCAAUGACUUAUGGAUGUUGCGCUGGCAAACACAGAUACUGCAAAGGAACCCAUAAGUGCUGUUACGGCCGAAUAAUUACCAAAAGAGCUACAUGCAUCCCUAAUCUAAAAUGCGGCAGGAAUACCUACAACCCAUUGAUCUAUGGAUGCUGCGCUGGCAAAACAAGAUACUAUAGAAGGAACCACAAGUGCUGUUAUGGGCGUGUUAUCCGCAAAAGAUCCAAGUGCAUCCGUUAUCUGAAAUGUGGGCGAUAUAGCUACAAUCCAGCCACCUAUGGAUGCUGCGCUGGCAAGACAAGAUAUUAUAGAGGGAACCGCAAGUGCUGUUAUGGACGCGUUAUCGGCAAAAGAUCCACGUGCAUCCGUUAUCGGAGGUGUGGGCGAUAUAGCUACAAUCCAGCUACCUAUGGAUGCUGCGCUGGCAAGACAAGAUACUAUAGAGGGAACCGCAAGUGCUGUUAUGGGCGCGUUAUCCGCAAAAGAUCCAAGUGCAUCCGUUAUCGGAGGUGUGGGCGAUAUAGCUACAAUCCAGCUACCUAUGGAUGCUGCGCUGGCAAGACAAGGUACUAUAGAGGGAACCGCAAGUGCUGUUAUGGGCGUGUUAUCCGCAAAAGAUCCACGUGCAUCCGUUAUCUGAAAUGUGGGCGAUAUAGCUACAAUCCAGGCACCUAUGGAUGCUGUGCUGGCAAGACAAGAUACUAUAGAGGUAACCGCAAGUGCUGUUAUGGGCGUGUUGUUGGCAAAAGUUCCAAGUGCAUCCGUUAUCUUAAAUGUGGGCGAUAUAGCUACAAUCCAGCUACCUAUGGAUGCUGCGCUGGGAAGACAAGAUACUAUAGAGGGAACCGCAAGUGCUGUUAUGGGCGCGUUAUCGGCCAAAGGUCCAAGUGCAUCCGUUAUCUGAAAUGUGGCCGAUAUAGCUAUAACCCAGCCACCUAUGGAUGCUGCGCUGGCAAGACAAGAUACUAUAGGGGGAACCGCAAGUGCUGUUAUGGGCGCGUUAUCGGCAAAAGAUCCACGUGCAUCCGUUAUCGGAGGUGUGGGCGAUAUAGCUACAAUCCAGCUACCUAUGGAUGCUGCGCUGGCAAGACAAGAUACUAUAGAGGGAACCGCAAGUGCUGUUAUGGGCGUGUUAUCCGCAAAAGAUCCACGUGCAUCCGUUAUCUUAAAUGUGGGCGAUAUAGCUACAAUCCAGCCACUUAUGGAUGCUGUGCUGGCAAGACAAAAUACUAUAGAGGGAACCGCAAGUGCUGUUAUGGGCGUGUUAUCCGCAAAAGAUCCAAAUGCAUCCGUUAUCUGAAAUGUGGGCGAUAUAGCUACAAUCCAGCCACUUAUGGAUGCUGCGCUGGCAAGACAAGAUACUAUAGAGGGAACCGCAAGUGCUGUUAUGGGCGUGUUAUCCGCAAAAGAUCCAAGUGCAUCCGUUAUCUUAAAUGUGGGCGAUAUAGCUACAAUCCAGCCACCUAUGGAUGCUGCGCUGGCAAGACAACAUACUAUAGAGGAAACCGCAAGUGCUGUUAUGGGCGUGUUAUCCGCAAAAGAUCCAAGUGCAUCCCUUAUCUUAAAUGUGGGCGAUAUAGCUACAAUCCAGCUACCUAUGGAUGCUGCGCUGGCAAGACCAAAUACUAUAGAGGAAACCGCAAGUGCUGUUAUGGGCGCGUUAUCCGCAAAAGAUCCAAGUGCAUCCGUUAUCGGAGGUGUGGGCGAUAUAGCUACAAUCCAGCUACCUAUGGAUGCUGCGCUGGCAAGAUAAGAUACUAUAGAGGGAACCGCAAGUGCUGUUAUGGGCGCGUUAUGAGCAAAAGAUCCAAGUGCAUCCGUUAUCUUAAAUGUGGGCGAUAUAGCUACAAUCCAGCUACCUAUGGAUGCUGCGCUGGCAAGACAAGAUACUAUAGAGGGAACCGCAAGUGCUGUUAUGGGCGUGUUAUCCGCAAAAGAUCCAAAUGCAUCCGUUAUCUGAAAUGUGGGCGAUAUAGCUACAAUCCAGCCACCUAUGGAUGCUGCGCUGGCAAGACAAGAUACUAUAGAGGGAACCGCAAGUGCUGUUAUGGGCGCGUUAUCGGCAAAAGGUCCAAGUGCAUGCCUUAUCGGAGGUGUGGCCGAUAUAGCUACAACCCAGCCACCUAUGGAUGCUGCGCUGGCAAGACAAGAUACUAUAGAGGGAACCGCAAGUGCUGUUAUGGGCGCGUUAUCCGCAAAAGAUCCAAGUGCAUCCGUUAUCGGAGGUGUGGGCGAUAUAGCUACAAUCCAGCUACCUAUGGAUGCUGCGCUGGCAAGACAAGGUACUAUAGAGGGAACCGCAAGUGCUGUUAUGGGCGUGUUAUCCGCAAAAGAUCCACGUGCAUCCGUUAUCUGAAAUGUGGGCGAUAUAGCUACAAUCCAGGCACCUAUGGAUGCUGUGCUGGCAAGACAAGAUACUAUAGAGGUAACCGCAAGUGCUGUUAUGGGCGUGUUGUUGGCAAAAGUUCCAAGUGCAUCCGUUAUCUUAAAUGUGGGCGAUAUAGCUACAAUCCAGCUACCUAUGGAUGCUGCGCUGGGAAGACAAGAUACUAUAGAGGGAACCGCAAGUGCUGUUAUGGGCGCGUUAUCGGCCAAAGGUCCAAGUGCAUCCGUUAUCUGAAAUGUGGCCGAUAUAGCUAUAACCCAGCCACCUAUGGAUGCUGCGCUGGCAAGACAAGAUACUAUAGGGGGAACCGCAAGUGCUGUUAUGGGCGCGUUAUCGGCAAAAGAUCCACGUGCAUCCGUUAUCGGAGGUGUGGGCGAUAUAGCUACAAUCCAGCUACCUAUGGAUGCUGCGCUGGCAAGACAAGAUACUAUAGAGGGAACCGCAAGUGCUGUUAUGGGCGUGUUAUCCGCAGAAGAUCCAAAUGCAUCCGUUAUCUGAAAUGUGGGCGAUAUAGCUACAAUCCAGCCAGCUAUGGAUGCUGUGCUGGCAAGACAAGAUACUAUAGAGGGAACCGCAAGUGCUGUUAUGGGCGUGUUAUCCGCAAAAGAUCCACGUGCAUCCGUUAUCUUAAAUGUGGGCGAUAUAGCUACAAUCCAGCCACCUAUGGAUGCUGCGCUGGCAAGACAAGAUACUAUAGAGGGAACCGCAAGUGCUGUUAUGGGCGCGUUAUCGGCAAUAGAUCCACGUGCAUCCGUUAUCGUAGGUGUGGCCGAUAUAGCUACAACCCAGCCACCUAUGGAUGCUGCGCUGGCAAGACAAGAUACUAUAGAGGGAACCACAAGUGCUGUUAUGGGCGUGUUAUCCGCACAAGAUCCACGUGCAUCCGUUAUCUGAAAUGUGGGCGAUAUAGCUACAAUCCAGCCACCUAUGGAUGCUGCGCUGGCAAGAAAAGAUACUAUAGAGGGAACCGCAAGUGCUGUUAUGGGCGCGUUAUCGGCAAAAGAUCCACGUGCAUCCGUUAUCGGAGGUGUGGGCGAUAUAGCUACAACCCAGCUACCUAUGGAUGCUGUGCUGGCAAGACAAGAUACUAUAGAGGGAACCGCAAGUGCUGUUAUGGGCGCGUGAUCCGCAAAAGAUCCAAGUGCAUCCGUUAUCGGAGGUGUGGGCGAUAUAGCUACAAUCCAGCUACCUAUGGAUGCUGUGCUGGCAAGACGAGAUACUAUAGAGGGAACCGCAAGUGCUGUUAUGGGCGUGUUAUCCGCAAAAGAUCCAAAUGCAUCCGUUAUCUGAAAUGUGGGCGAUAUAGCUACAAUCCAGCCACCUAUGGAUGCUGCGCUGGCAAGACAAGAUACUAUAGAGGGAACCGCAAGUGCUGUUAUGGGCGCGUUAUCGGCAAAAGGUCCAAGUGCAUGCCUUAUCGGAGGUGUGGCCGAUAUAGCUACAACCCAGCCACCUAUGGAUGCUGCGCUGGCAAGACAAGAUACUAUAGAGGGAACCGCAAGUGCUGUUAUGGGCGCGUUAUCGGCAAAAGAUCCAAGUGCAUCCGUUAUCGGAGGUGUGGCCGAUAUAGCUACAAUCCAGCUACCUAUGGAUGCUGCGCUGGCAAGACAAGAUACUAUAGAGGGAACCGCAAGUGCUGUUAUGGGCGUGUUAUCCGCAAAAGAUCCACGUGCAUCCGUUAUCUUAAAUGUGGGCGAUAUAGCUACAAUCCAGCCACCUAUGGAUGCUGCGCUGGCAAGACAAGAUACUAUAGAGGGAACCGCAAGUGCUGUUAUGGGCGCGUUAUCGGCAAUAGAUCCACGUGCAUCCGUUAUCGUAGGUGUGGCCGAUAUAGCUACAACCCAGCCACCUAUGGAUGCUGCGCUGGCAAGACAAGAUACUAUAGAGGGAACCACAAGUGCUGUUAUGGGCGUGUUAUCCGCACAAGAUCCACGUGCAUCCGUUAUCUGAAAUGUGGGCGAUAUAGCUACAAUCCAGCCACCUAUGGAUGCUGCGCUGGCAAGACAAGAUACUAUAGAGGGAACCGCAAGUGCUGUUAUGGGCGCGUUAUCGGCAAAAGAUCCACGUGCAUCCGUUAUCGGAGGUGUGGGCGAUAUAGCUACAACCCAGCUACCUAUGGAUGCUGUGCUGGCAAGACAAGAUACUAUAGAGGGAACCGCAAGUGCUGUUAUGGGCGCGUGAUCCGCAAAAGAUCCAAGUGCAUCCGUUAUCGGAGGUGUGGGCGAUAUAGCUACAAUCCAGCUACCUAUGGAUGCUGUGCUGGCAAGACGAGAUACUAUAGAGGGAACCGCAAGUGCUGUUAUGGGCGUGUUAUCCGCAAAAGAUCCAAAUGCAUCCGUUAUCUGAAAUGUGGGCGAUAUAGCUACAAUCCAGCCACCUAUGGAUGCUGCGCUGGCAAGACAAGAUACUAUAGAGGGAACCGCAAGUGCUGUUAUGGGCGCGUUAUCGGCAAAAGGUCCAAGUGCAUGCCUUAUCGGAGGUGUGGCCGAUAUAGCUACAACCCAGCCACCUAUGGAUGCUGCGCUGGCAAGACAAGAUACUAUAGAGGGAACCGCAAGUGCUGUUAUGGGCGCGUUAUCGGCAAAAGAUCCAAGUGCAUCCGUUAUCGGAGGUGUGGGCGAUAUAGCUACAAUCCAGCUACCUAUGGAUGCUGCGCUGGCAAGACAAGAUACUAUAGAGGGAACCGCAAGUGCUGUUAUGGGCGUGUUAUCCGCAAAAGAUCCAAAUGCAUCCGUUAUCUUAAAUGUGGGCGAUAUAGCUACAAUCCAGCCACCUAUGGAUGCUGCGCUGGCAAGACAAGAUACUAUAGAGGGAACCGCAAGUGCUGUUAUGGGCGCGUUAUCGGCAAAAGGUCCAAGUGCAUGCGUUAUCGGAGGUGUGGCCGAUAUAGCUACAACCCAGCCACCUAUGGAUGCUGCGCUGGCAAGACAAGAUACUAUAGAGGGAACCGCAAGUGCUGUUAUGGGCGCGUUAUCGGCAAAAGAUCCACGUGCAUCCGUUAUCGGAGGUGUGGGCGAUAUAGCUACAACCCAGCUACCUAUGGAUGCUGUGCUGGCAAGACAAGAUACUAUAGAGGGAACCGCAAGUGCUGUUAUGGGCGCGUUAUCGGCAAAAGAUCCACGUGCAUCCGUUAUCGGAGGUGUGGGCGAUAUAGCUACAACCCAGCUACCUAUGGAUGCUGUGCUGGCAAGACAAGAUACUAUAGAGGGAACCGCAAGUGCUGUUAUGGGCGCGUUAUCGGCAAAAGAUCCAAGUGCAUCCGUUAUCGGAGGUGUGGCCGAUAUAGCUACAAUCCAGCCACCUAUGGAUGCUGCGCUGGCAAGACAAGAUACUAUAGAGGGAACCGCAAGUGCUGUUAUGGGCGCGUUGUCGGCAAAAGAUCCAAAUGCAUCCGUUAUCUGAAAUGUGGGCGAUAUAGCUACAACCCAGCUACCUAUGGAUGCUGUGCUGGCAAGACAAGAUACUAUAGAGGGAACCGCAAGUGCUGUUAUGGGCGCGUUAUCGGCAAAAGAUCCAAGUGCGUCCGUUAUCGGAGGUGUGGCCGAUAUAGCUACAAUCCAGCCACCUAUGGAUGCUGCGCUGGCAAGACAAGAUACUAUAGAGGGAACCGCAAGUGCUGUUAUGGGCGCGUUAUCGGCAAUAGAUCAACGUGCAUCCGUUAUCGUAGGUGUGGCCGAUAUAGCUACAACCCAGCCACCUAUGGAUGCUGCGCUGGCAAGACAAGAUACUAUAGAGGGAACCACAAGUGCUGUUAUGGGCGUGUUAUCCGCAAAAGAUCCACGUGCAUCCGUUAUCUGAAAUGUGGGCGAUAUAGCUACAAUCCAGCCAGCUAUGGAUGCUGUGCUGGCAAGACAAGAUACUAUAGAGGGAACCGCAAGUGCUGUUAUGGGCGUGUUAUCCGCAAAAGAUCCACGUGCAUCCGUUAUCUUAAAUGUGGGCGAUAUAGCUACAAUCCAGCCACCUAUGGAUGCUGCGCUGGCAAGACAAGAUACUAUAGAGGGAACCGCAAGUGCUGUUAUGGGCGCGUUAUCGGCAAAAGAUCCAAGUGCAUCCGUUAUCGGAGGUGUGGGCGAUAUAGCUACAACCCAGCCACCUAUGGAUGCUGCGCUGGCAAGAGAAAGUACUACAGAAGGAACAGCAAGUGCUGUUAUGGGCGCGUUGUUGGCAAAAGAUCCAAGUGC